AUGGGGAGCCGGGGAAAGGAGAUGAACAAGAACAUGAGUACUGUUAACGACGAUGCGUGCCCAAAAUUUGAACAGAAAAUGAAACAACCUCAAGAAGCUGCUUUACGCAGAGACUGGCGUGCCUUCAAAAACUUUUUCCAGGAUGAUCCCAUUGCUCUCAUGCAGACUUUCGAUCUGUCCGACAACACCGCCAUUCACGUUGCGGCUCAAUCCAACGAUCCUCACCUCAUCCGGAAACUGCUUGAUAUGCUUCCACAAGACUCUGAUUGCCGGGGAGCACUGAGGACUGGCAAUGUUCACAAGAACACUCUUCUUCACCAGGUGAUACACUGUAAGAACUUGGAGAUGGUGGACACUGUACUCAACUAUGAGGAGCAGAGGAGGCUGAAGCUGCCGGGGGAUGAGGAUUUGUUGGAGCUCCCCAACGAUCUCGGCGAAACGCCGCUCUACAGGGCUGCCAAGUACGGCAAGCUCAACAUGCUCAAGCACAUGGCCCGAUUUGUAGAUAUCAGACGCCAUUUUUACCGGCGGCCAAGACAUGAAGACACUGUCCCUGACCGCACUUCCAUUCUUCAUAUUGCUAUCAUUGGCCAGUAUUUUGAGGUCGCUCUGUGGUUAUCGAGAGUGAAAGGCAUUGAGGAAGUGGCCGUUGCAAACGAUAGAAAUGGAUUGACCUGUCUUCAACUGCUCGCUAGAAUGCCCUCUGUCUUCAGGAGCUACGAUUAUUCCCAGAUGGGAUUUCUGGAGAGGCAGAUUUACGCAUAUCUUCCGAACAAAGGAUACGAUGGAAGCUGUUAUGACGACGGCGACGGUAAGUUUCUUGGACGGAGUCAAGAUUUAGAAAGCGGAAAAGAGAAUGUAAAGAAACCCAAGUCAUCAGUUUUUUCAAGGAUCAACUAUGCUAUUUGGGAAUCACUGGCCGAAGAAUGGGACAUUAUAGAUGACAUUCGGAAUAGAAAGAAGCAGCACAUGUUAGUGGAGAAGCUUGCAGACUUCUUAGUGGGAAUAGACUACUCAUGGAUGAAAACUAAUCACGCAAAACCACGAAAAGAAGUUGUGUUGCCUGUGAUUCAACCCUCCAAUGUGGCUGCAACAAAGAAGAAAGCCAAACUAGAGAAGAUCAGCUCCCUUGAACAACCCAUUCCUUCUAACGUGUAUACCCCGUUGCUUCUGGCAGCAAGCACCGGAAUAGUUGAAAUUGCGAAGAGAAUCAUCGACCUUCAUCCAGAUUCCAUUUCCCACAUCAGUCACGAUGAGCAGAACAUACUGCACGUCGCUGUCAAGCAUCGUCGCAAGAACAUCUAUAAGCUUCUCAAGAAAUAUGGAGCCUUGAACCGCUUGGGUUCUCAAAUGAGUAACAAAGGUCGUACCCUCCUGCACCACGUUGCCAGGAUGGACUAUUACGAUGGAGGAACCCAAUCUGGUGUUGUGUUCCAGCUUCAGGAUGAACUACGUUGGUUCGAACGAGUGAAGAAGAAAGUUCCUCGUCCUUUCUCCUUGUAUUGCAAUGACGACAACCUAACGGCAAGAGAGCUUUUUGAGUUGGAACAUUUAGAGAUGCACAAGGAAGCCCAAGGGUGGAUCAAGGAGACAGCUCAGUCAUGCUCCGCGGUGGCCGUCCUCGUUGCCACGGUGGUUUUUGCGGCAGCCUUUACUGUCCCUGGCGGCACCGACGAGAAGGGCGUCCCCGUCCUCCUCAACUCUCCCCUCUUCCUUUUCUUCACCAUCAUGGACGUUGUGGGCCUCGCGAGUUCAUUAGUGUCGGUGAUGUUGUUCCUGUCGAUUCUCACGUCCCCCUUUCAGAUGCAGGAGUUCUAUAAGUCCCUCCCGAGAAAACUUACAAUGGGCUUCACGUUGUUGUUCAUCUCCUUGAUGACGACGAUGCUGGCGUUUGGAUCGACCAUUUUGCUGACCAUUAGGAUGGAGGACAAGAAAUGGAGUUCGAGUUUGAUUUACAGCGUCACGUUCUUCCCUGUGACCCUCUUUGCAUUGACUCAAUUUCCCGUUAUCAUGGCCGUUAAGUAUAGAACGAGGAGGUUAUGGAAGUCUCUGAAGAAGAUGGUUCCAAAAGGUUUAACCAAAUCCACCACCAAACCUACUAAGAGAAGAAUGUACUCAAAACACGCGUGA